UCGGGUAACUAGACCUUCUUAUCCUCGGCGCAGCGACGGCUUUCAAGCGAACGACUGUUCCCUUGGCCUACAUUUGAAACAAAACUGUCGCAAGUGGGUUCUGACACAGCAUGGAUGGACUGGGGAAGCUGGAGAGCCUAGCAGGGAGGGUAACAAUGGAUCUAGCGGACGGUCCAAGUAAAGACGUUCCGAUAGUAUUUGUCCCGGGAUUCUCAGGUUGGGGGUCGCCCCUAUUCGGCGCUGUCAAUUACUGGGGCGGAAUUGAGAAUAUUCCGCAAAUCCUCGCGAAAGCCGGCCACACAGUAAUUUUGGCACCAGUUGGGCCGUUAUCAUCUAACUGGGAGCGGGCAUGCGAAUUAUACGCACAGCUUCGCUCUUCCAGGUUUACGCAGUACAAUCUGGAGACGAACGAAAUCGAAGGAAAGCCUGAGGUCAUCGAUGUCGACUACGGGGACGUGUUCCCCAUCCGGCACCGAUAUGAGCGGGAGCCUCAGGAGUGGCGGAAUUGGAAAUGGGAUGAGAAUAGUCCCGCUCAUUUUAUUUGCCAUUCCCAGGGUGGAACUACAGUCCGAUACUUGCUCCAUCUCAUGGAGCAUUGCACCGAAAAUUCGAAGCAGACUUUGCCGCACCCAGAAUACUUCGACACACCACGACGCAGCAAGUGGGCUAUUUCCGUUCCAACAGUUGGGACUCCGCAUAGAGGUACAACGGUAGUAGACGCUCUAUGGAACCUCUCCAGGCAUUUAGAUCUUCCCGAACAGACUCGAUUACUAGGUCGAUUGUUCGCAGUACUGUCCUUUGAGGACCAGCACCGCAGAACGUACGACCUCCAGCUUGACCACUGGGGCAUCAAGAGAGGCACUAGAAGAAACCGAAAUGAAACUUUCUCAGAAAUGCGAGAGCGACUGGAAUCUUCGAUUUGGCAAGCAAAUCCCGGACCAGUGCGCCGGUGGAUUGAAUCAAAUCACAACGCCCUCUACGAUAACAGCGUGAUGGGAGUAAACGAACUGAACGAGAAGACGAUUCCAACAUCAAACGACGUAUACUACUUCAGUCUGUCGUUUAGCUGUGUGGAACCAUUUCCACCAGAUUGGCCAUCUUGGACAUUAGAGGCUAUACAGGAGUUCCCCUUGACUAUCACUCGGUUUCUCGAGGAGCUGCCAAUCAUCGGCAACAUCGACAAGAUGAUUCAAGGUGCCCUCAAUUUUAUCCCAUUCCUCGGUGAUUUCUAUUCGGAAAUUCACAAUCUCAGCUUCGGCCUGGCUACACAAAUUGCUCAAGGGAUUAUUGGUGUCGCCACGAACGUUGGCGGAUGGCACAUCGUCUCAAAUCUAGUCGAUAUACGCGAAGCCACGAGGUGGCUGGUCGACAAGGUCCUAAACCGUUUCAUACAGGAAGUCGGUUACAAUGUCAGGGUUCCGCCACCUGGGGAUUAUCUCCCGAUAGCGAGCGUCCUUCCGCUCAUGUUCCCAACAGCGUACGCCAUCAGUUCCCAGCAACUAAGCAAUGGUCAACGGCAAAUCCUAAGAGACGAAUCAGAGGACUGGAAGGUCAACGAUGGGAUUGUCAAUACAGCCUCUAUGAAAGGUCCUCUUAAUCGAAAUGGAGACAUCCCCGCGAAUCGAGAUAGAAGUCUCAUUGUCGACGCUUGUGACUUUCCCAGACUUCCAGAGCAAGUCGCAAAUGCAAGAGGAAAAUACUGGCACUUUGGUACCACCGACGGUAUGGAUCAUGCCGAUAAGAUUGGUAUCUGGAUUGAAAGUGAUACAGGAAAAAAAGUGGCAUCCAUGUACACGCAUCUUGUGACGAUUGUAUCUCACCUCUCAGCUAAGCCUACCCUCACAGACCUUCCAAAUGUGGAUAUCUCGGCCCUCCCUCGAUUCACAGGUGACAUCACUCCAGACCUUUCCGCUAAGGUUAUCGCAGACAAGCUUGCCAUAUACGAUGGCCGGGGUUCGGUCAUGGUUGAAGAUUUCAUUUAA